AUGGCGCAGGUGUUGUACCCUGGGGAUUGCGAGCUGAGCCCCCCGAACCUCCUGGUGGUCAACAGCGAUCCGGACCACGGUUACGGGCCGGAGCACCACCAGAUUCCGUACGUGGAGGGCAUCGUGCGCAGCGCAGAUGCGAAGCAGCGCCUUGUGCUUGUGGACCCCCCUCACGGCCUGCUGGAUCUGGGCCGCCAGCAGGCUGCCCUGGAAUUUUUAGAGCCGCUCCUACAGGAGUUUCUAGCCGGGGUUGCGGCAGCCGACGAGGCAGAGCCAAGUCUUGGAUCGUCUGAUCAGGCACCGGCGGCACUGGCGCCAAAUGAGGCACCGGCAGCGGCAAAGCCAGAUCUGGCCGCUGCUGCUGCUGCUGCUGCUGCGCCUGAUCAGCCGUCCCCGACAAUGCCGACGCGCGCGGUGCUGCAGGCGGCCGGCCGGGCCGACAUCGUGCGCGCAAUCCGGGCGGCCGGCGGAUCUCUGGCGGUCGCGCAGCGCCUCGGACUGCGCAGCCGCCGCCGGCCGGUCGGCUUCUGGGACUCCACCGACAAUCUGGACGAGGAGCUGUCGCAAUUUGUGGCGGGGCAGUGGGUUGCGCUACAGGACGAGGCGACUGGGGGCACCUAUUAUUACAAUUUAGUCACGGCGCGCACCCAAUGGGACGAGCCCAUCCGCCCUCACAAGGCACGCCCUGCUCGUGUUGACCCAACAGCAGCAUGCGUGGCACUGGAUGAUGAGGGCAGCUUCCUGGUAGUUGAGGACGAGGCCGACCGAGUGAUGCCCUCUCGGACUGCCAUGCUGUCAGCCGCGCGCUUCGAUCUGCACCAUGCAAUUCAGUACUACGGCGGCUACCGCAUGGUCGGGGAAAUGCUGGAGCGGCCGUCGGCGUGGCCGCGUUUCCAGAGCCUGCGCGAGCCGCGCAAGCUCAAAUUUGAAAUCGAGGCGUUCGUCAAGGAGCAGGGAAUGCCCCGCGGGACCAUGCCGGCACCAGCCACGCUGGCCGACGCAAAUCGGCAAGAUCUGUUUAAUGCCAUCAGAAAAGCGGGCGGCUUCCAUGCGGUUGCGGAGCGGCUGGGCUUCAAAACGCAGCGGAGGGAACGCGCGGCGAUGCGCGACGCUGACGUGGCGGCAGCGGCGUUGGCGGAGUUUCUGCGGCAGCUGCCGCGAAGCUUCCUCGGGCGCAUGCCCACACACGAGCAGCUGCGAGCCGCCGGCCGCCACGACCUGCGCUACGCGCUGCAGGUGCAUGGCAGUGAGGCCAUGGCGCAGCGAGGCGGUUUUGGAAUCCCUCGACCAGGCCUGUUCCGCAGCUUUGAGGCACCGGUCUCUCCCGCGGUUUUGGAUGCAACAUUAGCAGAUUCCUCAGACGCAGCUCUUGGCACAGACAGUGCAGGGGCUGAUUUGGCGACAGUUCCCCCGCCGCCGCCGCCGCCGCCGCCACCGGCGUCCCCCCCUCCGCCACCGCUGGCCGUCAACUCCACAGCGCGCUGGCGGCGGAGCUCCCUUCCGAAUUCAACUUCAAAUUCGAGCGCGCCGGCCCCUGCGCCGGCGCCAGUGGUUGCCAAUUCUACGGCGGUGUCCUUCUCUCAGCUCAUUGCCUGGGCUGCCAUAGCACCGGCCCCAUAUGGGCACGCGCCAAGUCUGGCGCCAGGGCCGAAGCCGGCGGGGGAAGCCAGCUCAGCGCCAGCUCAGUCAACGCAGAUACAAGACCUGAUCGGCGCGCAGCCCCCGGCCGCCGCCGUUUCCCCGGGUCCCACCGGCGGUGGUGGAUCGGGGGAUCCUCGGACAGAAUCCCACGGCGCACACUCUGCUCCUCAGACCUGCCAAGCCCAGGGCCUGACUGGACAGUGCAAUGAGUGCGUGUGCUGCUGCAUACCUGCGGGCAGCGGCGGUUUCUGGCGGUAUGUGCCCAGCAACGGCUGCGGCUGCUCCAAGGUCGUCAGCAAGCCAGAUAUCUGGAUCGCGCUGGCCCUGGUGGGGAUCUUGUUAUUGCCUGCCGUUCUCUGGGCUGCAUACCUCGCAGACGCGCUCUGUAUUUCGCCCUACAUGCCCCCGGCGGCACAACUGCUGCCUGCAGCGGGCAACCCAGCUGCCCAGAAUGGGCACUAGAAACUGCCCUGACGUGCCUGCUUUCUGAAUCUGAGAUGCUGUGAAAGGCAGCUAAGUUUUUGUUUGAUCGUGAAUGCCAAGGCAAUACCCCUUGUAGGGCAGGAGUUUUUGUUCUGGGACUCUGGGAAUCUGCUGAAACACCAAAGCCUGAAGAUUGGCGGCAGCUGCGCAUCGGGAUUCUUUACUUGAAAGGAAAUAUUGGGCUCAGUGAUGUACCUACGGUAUGUGAUCUGCAUAAUGAAUUUUAAGGACUGAAGUGAAGGUCUCAUGAGCAUGGCACUGCGUUUUUAGUUAAGGGAUAGCCCCUGUUUCUGUGUGUACGACAACCUUUUAAAAUUUAAAAAUAUACCGGGAAGACAGACAAGUCUCAAGCACUUGAUGGUCAAGUCGAUCCCAAUUGGGGAUUGAAGGGACAAUCUGAAUUGGCCGGUCUGUCUUGCUGCAAAGCAAGCACUUUUGCAAGAUGUGGAAGCUGAAAGAACCUGUGACUUGUAAGAUUAAUACUUGCCAACUCUUGAGCACUGUGAUCACUGUUAACACAUCACGACGGAAGAACCCCGAGCAAAUCAUCAAAUAGCAACUAGACAUGUCAAAACUCUCACAACAUAUGAGUACGCGAUCAGUCACAUAUAUCGGUAGUAAGUAUCACCUAACAAGUCAGAUGCGCACGGCGCGACGGCGCUUCUGCAGCAACCUCGUGAUAUAAUCCAUCAGGAAUGUUUGAAAUCAGUUGGCAGUGCUAUACCCCGACAUGCUAUCAAGCAGCAAAUUUGUAAAACACCUAUGCAUGAGUCAGAACACCCAUAGUGCUAUAGCUAGCUAGCUACGAGGCGCCUCUUGCUAGCAUAUCAAAGAUAUGUGACCUUAGGAGCAAAGAAGGCAUGUGGCAGCGAGUCUAUCUAUUGGUGGUGUAUCUUGCAUCAGAUGUCUCUAGGCACCUCUUUCAGCAAUGCGUUGCUCUCUCCAAAGAAGUCUCUUUGUCAAAAGAGAAGCUUGGGAUGCAAAGCAAUGCUGACCGCUGUUCCCCUUGAACCCAGAAGCUUCCAUCUAUGAGGCAACACCAGCAAAGCCUGCGGACACGGCGGCUGCUUUGGUGGACAAAACAAGGCAUGCAACCCCAUUAUUCUAGAUCCAAAGGAGCUGUUAAAAGGAGCCCCGCCUGAAGGUCACCUGGUCACUGAAGACCAGAGGAAUACACAGCACAGCGGGGAC